AUGGAAUUCUUUUGGAAGAAAUCGAAGAGGGAAUUCCAGCUAACUGUGUCAACUUUUGGCAACUCAUCGACGGAGAAGUCCUUUUCUUCCAAAGGGGAAACAUUGACGUGGGGGAGAGAGAACCACGGCAAGGGAAUUGGGGUGGGCGAUUGGAUUUUUCAAGUCACGGAUAUCUCAGGCGAAAUGCCGUCGUUUGAUUCGUUCGAUGCGUUCUUGUUGGCGGCCAGCAAUGCCUGCUGUAGCCCUAUCGCGCUUUUUAUUCAGAUCCAGGGAUUUUUCAUUUGCUUACUCCUUGCUCUUGGCUGGGCUUUAGCUUCUUAUGUCAGGAAUAAAGAGAUAAGAAAGAUAAAGGAAAGCACAGAAAAAGGAAAUAGCUUUGCUUUUCUUUGUUGUGAUAUUAAUGACCUUGAGCACUCUAAUCAGGUCAAUUUGCCAAGGGUUUCAGUUGUUAUGCCUUUGAAGGGAUAUGGGGAACACAAUCUACAUAACUGGAGAAGUCAGAUUACAUCUUUAUAUGGUGGUCCAAUAGAAUUUCUUUUUGUGGUUGAAAGUACAGUAGACCCUGCUUACCAUGCCAUCUCUCUAUUGUUAAAGGAUUUCGAGGAUGAGGUUGAUGCCAAAAUUAUUGUAGCUGGCCUGUCAACAACUUGUAGUCAGAAGAUACAUAAUCAGUUGGUGGGAGUACAGAAAAUGCAUAAAGAUAGCAAAUAUGUCUUAUUUCUUGAUGAUGAUGUUAGGCUUCAUCCGGGCUCAAUUGGAGCCCUCACUGCUGAAAUGGAUAAGAACCCAGACAUAUUCAUUCAGACUGGAUAUCCCCUUGAUUUACCAUCUGGAAGUUUAGGGAGCUACUGCAUAUACGAAUAUCAUAUGCCUUGUUCGAUGGGGUUUGCUACUGGCGGUAAAACAUUCUUUUUGUGGGGAGGGUGCAUGAUGAUGCAUGCAGAUGAUUUUAGAACAGAUCGUCAUGGUGUUGUUUCAGAACUUCGAGAUGGGGGCUAUUCAGAUGACAUGACUCUUGCAGCUAUUGCGGGGGCUCAUAAGAGACUCAUCACAUCACCGCCAGUGGCUGUUUUUCCCCAUCCGCUUGCGAGUGAUCUUAGCUUUGGCAGGUAUUGGAAUUAUUUAAGGAAGCAAACAUUUGUUCUGGAGUCAUACACGACAAAAGUCAACUGGAUUAUGAACAGGGCGCUAUUCUCUACCCACUGCUACUUAUCAUGGGGAUUUGUAGCUCCAUAUAUUAUGUCUGGGAUACAUUUGGCAGCGGCACUGAGACUUUACUUCAAAGGAUACUCAUUUGAUGAAGCACCAUUCUCAUACACUGGGUUGUUAUUGGCUGGUUGCCUUGCGACAUGUACUGUUAUUGAACUUCUGUCCAUGUGGAAUCUGACAAGAAUAGAGGUUCAGCUAUGCAACCUGUUAUCUCCAGAGGCUCCUCCAAUGUCACUUGCAUCUUACAACUGGUGUCUCGUAUUUAUGGCAAUGCUGGUUGAUAAUUUUCUGUAUCCAAUAUCUGCAAUGAGGUCACAUUUUUCUCAAUCUAUCAAUUGGUCGGGCAUCCGUUAUCAUUUGAAGGAUGGCAAGAUACACACGAUUGAAAGAAGCAAGGAUAAGGGACCAAAGUUCACGGAUUUAGGAGGAAAGCAUUUGUAUGGAAGGAAAGGAGCUACGAGCAAUUAUUCGUUCCUUCUCUCAUUGUCCAGAAGUCUUGCUCAAUGGAGACAACCGAAGAAAUAUGAUGUAUAG